CGUUCGGCUGCAUUCGGAAAAACUCGGCAAACCUCGCGUGUUCAUGUUUACGUUCUGUCAUUCAUUGCUUAUCUGCCGCUACAAUGCACAGGUUGUUGGUGCAAUGACCUUUAUUCCGUAGUACACAGUCCACAUUUUCUCUCUGCAGCGAGAAUAUGGGAGACAAGAAGAUACUUAGCAUUGGUUUGGUGUGUUUGGAUAUCAUUAAUGUUGUGGAUAAAUACCCGGAAGAAGAUAGCGAUACCAGAUGUUUAUCUCAGAGAUGGCAGAGAGGAGGAAACGCAUCAAACACGUGCACGGUUCUGUCUCUGCUCGGGGCUCCGUGCGCGUUUAUGGGAUCAUUAGCGCCUGGACCAGUUGCUGAUUUCAUCUUGAAUGACUUUCAAAUGUACAAGAUUGACAUCUCUCUUCUUCUGGAGCAUGCCGAAUGCUCCUUUCCAGCCUCUUUAGUCAUCAGCAAUGUGACGACAGGGAGUCGUACUAUUCUGCACAUGAACAGUUUCAUCUUGGGGGAUUUUGCACGCUGUGGGGUGGACGUUUCUGGUGUGGCUUGGCAGCAGAGGGGCGAGACCCCGUGUGCCUGUUGUGUGGUGUGUCCUACCACUGGCUCUCGCACUGUUGUGCUCUCCGACACGAAUCUACCAGAUGUUUCUAUAGAAGACUUCUCAAAGGUGGAUCUGAAGCAGUAUAAGUGGAUCCACUGGGAGGGCCGUAAUGCUGAAGAACAAGUGAAGAUGAUUGAGAGGGUGAGAGAGUAUAACAGCAAACAGGAAGAGAAGAACAAAAUCACCAUCUCUGUGGAAAUAGAGAAAACUAGGGAACCUCUAUACCAGCUGUUUCCUCAUGGCGAUGUGGUGUUUGUUAGCAAGGAUGUGGCCCGGCACUUCGGGUUCGAUUCAGCCUCCGCUGCACUGAAGGGCUUCAGCAAUCGUCUAAGAAAGGGGGCGACCCUCAUUUGUGCCUGGGCAGAAAAGGGUGCUGAUGCCAUGGGUCCUGACGGCACAGUAUUCCAUUCAGAUGCAUUCCCUCCAGAGAAGCUUGUGGACACACUAGGAGCUGGAGAUACGUUUAAUGCUGCUGUGAUUUAUACUCUUGCAAACGGGGGUGGCCUGCAGCCUGCGCUCACAUUUGGCUGCCAGAUUGCAGGCAAAAAAUGCGGUGUUCACGGAUAUGAUGGAAUCUUGCAGUGAAUGUGGUGAAGUGCACAACUGGAAUGGGAUACAGACAUGAUCUGUCUGCUAUGAUGAAACAAAGACUGUAAACUAAUGAUAGUUUUUUUUAAUUAUGCUUUUUUAAUUAUUUAAGUGCUUUUUAUAAUCUUUACGAAUGUAAAAUAACACAAUGUCUAAUUUUAACAUCAAUAUUACAUUUCAGAAACACUGGUAUGAGAGCUAAAGGCCGUGAUGCAUUUGAUUACUAGGGGUGAAACCGAAACCAGUCAAAUACUUUAGAUCAGUGGUUCUCAAACUUUUUCAGCGUGCGGCCCCCCUUUGUGACAAAAAAACAGUUCUAAAACUUCACAUUUUAAUUAAAGAAAACAUUAAAUUAUACAAAGUAGUGCUGCCUGGUUUUGUUUUUUUAUGUUAAAUUUCACAGAAUUCAUGAUAAAUUAAUGUAUUUUAUAAAAUGUCAUAAAACUGGGCCCCCGCUGGCCUCGGACCCCAGUUUGAGAACCACUGCUUUAGAUCAAGUAAACAAUUUGCAAAACCAAUGUACAAUAAUUUUCAAAAAAAAAAAAAAAAAAAGAAGUAAGAAUGUUCAGUGUUAAGGGGUAACCGAGUAGGUAUUAUGGUAGUUUUAACCACUUUUACAGGCAUUAGUAGACUACUUUAAUUCUUGUUUUGAAUUGGGAAGAGAAGUUCAGGGAUAAUGUUCCUUGAUUUUUACUGAAGAGUUGGCAGACAUCUCAGCAGCAGUGGGGAGCACACAUGUUUAAGAAAAGGAAAGGAAGAAGACUGACUAAAAGUGUAUACGGGUGAAAGACCAACAGGAUACGUGACAUUUUCCCACCCAACAUCAUUUAGACACAGCUGGCCAGCAAAACACGGAUUCCUCCACCACACCCAAAGCGUAAUAAUGACAUGCUGUCUGUCUGUAACAUGAAUACUGGCAGUGGUGAGGUUAUCUAAGGAAAGUCUAACUGUAAUACUGGUGUUUAUAACAAAUCAUGAAGUCAUUCAAUUCAUUCUGAUGUAUUAGAUUUGAUACCUUUUAUCAAAACGUAACAUUGUGAUCCCACUUAUAUGAGUUGCUUUAGGUUACCGUCUUCAAAUAACCUGCAGAGCAUUAAGAAAGUAAUUGAAUGCUGGACAAUGAUAGAUUUAAAAAAGAAGCGUUACCUUAGGUCUUAAGGGUGAACUUGACCUUCAACCCUCAAAUCCAGUUCAAAUAAGUUAAAGAGCACCGUGGUCCGAUUCACAAUUUUAUGUUUACUUUGGUGUGUAAGUGUGUAUUAGUUCAUGUUAACGAUAUGCAAAAGGUACAAACCCCAAAGUAAACGAUGACGCGAGUUAUCGUCUCCAACGUAAAUCUCUUUUUUUGGACUACAACAAACACACGGAUUGUAGGCAACAGUUUACUUCCUGGGAUUGGUUAUGUGGAAAAGACAGACAUUAUCAUAAUUCCUCCCGCUUUGAAAUAAGCCAUAAGUUCAAUCCUGUUAGCAUUGCAUUGUCAGCAAAUCUUUCAAAUAUGGUAAGAAGCGUCACGUUUCCAGCUGACGUCAGAGGUAUUCAGGCCAAUCACAACGUACACAUUAGCUGGCCAAUCAGGGACACAGAGCUUUUCAAACCCGUGCGUUUCAGGAAGAGAGUAAAAUCUGGAGCUACAAAGAUGUACGGUAUGUGGAAAAUAAUGUGUUUUUAACCACAAACCACGUGAACACAUUGUAUUAUACCAAAUACACAAAAUAACGUUGCUUUUUAGCAAUGGAAUAGGUGCCCUUUAAAAUGGGCGCAGAUGUUGCUUCGGGAAUGUUAGCACAGUUUACACACUAACAUGAAACGGCCACUUUUAAGACCUUAUUAUUAACAGCUUAACCCCUUCAGACCCUGCGUCCACUGAAAUAGACAUCACAUGUUUUGUGGUUCAAACCAAUAAAAAUGCUAAUCAACCAAUCAAAAUCAGGCACACUGAUUAAACACCUAAAAAAUCAGGUCUGAAAAUCUGUUUAAAGGUACAUUUUUGUUGCAUCUAGUGGUGAGAUUGCGAAAUGCAAUCACAACUCACCCCUCAAUUUCAAAACGUAUAUGGUAGCCGCCACAAGACGAACACGUCAUCGUCUGAGACAACAUAGUGACAAAAUGCGCUCUGUAGAACGGUUUGUCCAUUUACGCCUACCGUAGAAACAUAAUGGCGGCUUCCAUGCAUGUAAGGGGACCCGCGGUGUGUGUAGAUAAAAACGGCUCAUUCUAAGGUAAUAAAAACAAAUACAGUUCAUUAUGUAAGGUCUUUAUAAACCACUGAUAAUAUAGUUAUGUUUAUUAUAUUGCAUUUCUGUCAAGAGCACCUUUAAAGUACUUGUAAAUUCAGAUAAUUGUUUUUUAACACAUUAUAAAUGAUAGAAAUGUAUGCUGAAACACAUUACAAAGAAAGACUGAACUAUGUAGUACUGAAUUGUAAAAUAACACCAUUAAACAGUUUUUCCUCA